AUGGAGGUUGCCAACGGUGGCUCUUCGGCCAAGAGCCAGAAUGGCUCAUCUGAGAGCAACGGCGGAUACAAACUCAAGUUUUGCACUGUCUGUGCAAGUAACAACAAUCGCUCCAUGGAAGCCCAUUUACGGCUGUCUCAGGCUGACUAUCCUGUCAUCUCCUUCGGCACUGGUUCUCUCGUCCGCCUGCCCGGACCUUCCAUCAGCCAACCUAAUGUGUAUCACUUUAACAGAACUUCUUAUGACAGUAUGUUCAAGGAGCUUGAAUCCAAGGAUGCUCGGCUGUAUAGGAAUAACGGCAUACUUAACAUGUUAAACCGUAACCGUGGCGUCAAAUGGGGCCCAGAACGCUGGCAAGACUGGCAAGUCGGUGUACCUCGCUUGCAACAUACUAAGGACCGUGGCAGCGAAGGUACUGAAGGUGGUCUAGUCGAUGUUGUCAUCACCUGUGAAGAGCGAUGCUGGGAUGCUGUUGUCGAUGAUCUCCUUAAUAGGGGUUCACCGCUCAACCGACCCGUACAUGUCAUCAACGUCGAGAUUAAGGAUAACCACGAAGAGGCCGCCAUUGGUGGGCAGGGUAUCUUGGAUCUCGCAAACUCCCUCAACGCGGCUGCUCGUGAAGAGCGCGAAGCUGUUGGUGCCUCGUCCUUUGACAAUGGUUCUGCCUCAAGCAGAGCCUCUUUUGAUGAGCGAGUGCCUGAUAUCCUGGCCUCAUGGCAGGAAAGAUGGCCCAAACUGCCAGCGACCUGGACCGUGGCUUGGUUCUAA